UUCUAUACCACGUGACCUUGCGAUCAUGUGAUCUCUGCUGGAACCAAGGAGAAGGAAAGAUGUCGCCGACCGGCUGGCCUAGGAUGGAGGCUUUAUCUUUUACCUUGUGGUUUAUCCUUUUCCUCUGCACGACUGAUGUCCGUGGGGACAGUUUGACGGUUCUGCAGGCUCCUGAGUUUGUGUCGUUCCAGAAAGGAGAGUGGCCCGUCUCUGGCGAGAAGAUCCCUGACCUAGUGGCCCUAACAAUGGGCUUCUCUGUUCAAGAGGAUCUGUCUUGGCCGGGCCUGCAGGCUGGUCUCCUGUUCCAGCGUCCUCGCGCUAAUGUUCUGGUGGUGGUCCAAGGAGCUGAUGGUCUCACCUUUCCUCAGAGUGUGGCCUCCUAUCCCUUGGAGAAUCCGGUGCCCUUCACCCUGGAUAGUGUCGCGGAGACGGUGCACUCCCUGUUCGCUGAGGACACGCCUGUUGUGCUGCAGCUCGCACCGAGUGAAGAGAGGCUGUACAUGCUGGGCAAAGCUAACGCCGUGUUCGAGGAUCUGCCAGUUACCUUGCAGCAGAUUCGAGGUCGUCUGUCCCAAGACGGCUCCGUGCUGGCCACCUUGCCCCUCAACUCACUCAGCAGGAACGCAGAGGCUGAUUUGCUGUUCCUCUCUGAGAUCCAAGUCCUGCAUGACAUCGCAGCUCUGCUGCAGAGGCACAGGCAUCUGGCCAAGGACCACUCUCCAGACCUUUACUCCCUGGAGCUGUCGGCCCUUGAAGAACUGAGCCGUGUCUAUGGACAAGACUCUCCUCAGUACCACGAUGCCAUCGCCAUUCUCUCCUCUGUCCUGCAGAAGUUUGCAGAGGACAUGUACGGCCUUUAUGGCAACAGUGCCGUGGUGGAGGUCGUGACCGUGAAGAACUUUGAGGCUCCUCUCACUAGGAAAUCCCGCUCAAUUCUGGAAUCAAAACAGAUCAGCAAUCCAGGCAGCCCUUACAAUUUAGCCUACAAGUACAACUUCAACUACGCCGUGAUCUUCAACAUCAUACUGUGGCUGAUGAUUGUGCUGGUGCUGGCGGUGAUUGCCGUGGGUUACAGCCUGUGGAACAUGGACCCGGGAUACGACAGCAUCAUCUACAGGAUGACCAACCAGAAGAUCAGAAUGGAUUAAAAACCACGUCCCUCAAGGACCCACUCAAUCCAUCCAUCCCCUUGUAUUUCGUGAGUGAUCGUUUUUGUGCUUUGUGUUUGAGACAUUGAAGUAAACGAUGAGUGAGCAAUUGGUUUACGAUGCUGCUGUGGUAGUUGAAAAUGGAUAUCAACAUUAUAACACAUCAUUCCUUGAGGUGUCUGUUUUUGUGAUGUGUGGUCAUGUUCUGAAAGAGCGUGAAUUUGUUGUGAAAUUUUUUUAAGUUAAAUAUAUGUGUAUAUAUUGAAAAUGCAACUAUAUGACAGCCUGCUGUACUAAAUGUGAAAAGAUUAUUCUGUAGAGGUGUAUUUUGCUUGAAAUAACUUGCACCUUUAGUUGAAAGCAUCGAUUAAAAAUAAGAGUUUUAAAAUUGCAAAGAUGAUGAAUAAAUUAUGGCUCACACAAUAGUCCAUGUUUGAUAUUGGCAAAAUGUUUUACCAUGUUGGCCAUUUUCAGUAUUAAAAAGCACUUCCAGGUUGUGAGUUUAUAACAAAUUAAAACGGGUAAUUACGGUAACCGAUCAAAAAGGCAUAGAUGAACGGUUAAAAAAGGUGGCUCCAGCUUCAAUGCUCAUUACCGACACCUACUGGUUGAAGUCAUAUGAACUGAAAAAAGAACGAAUCACUUUAGGAAGUCACUCUCGUUCACUGAAAAGAUUCGUUCAUUUGAACGAAUCGUUCACUCACGAGCCAACACGAGUCAUGAGUUUCUGAAACACUUCCGGGUCUGAUUCCCUCACACACACACACACACACACACACACACACACACACACACACACACACACUCAUCGCGGGGAGCGGAAAAAACAAGCAGAGCUAACGAUAAGCUGCAACUAUGGUCUGACUUAUUAUAAAAGCGAGCAUCUACGCGGUCAGGAAGAUCCGGGCGGCCAUUGCUAAGACAGAGCAACUGGAAGAGCCCAUUGUGACGCCAUGUAGUGCUAUCGCUGAAAAGAGAGCGGCACAAGCCCUGAGAGAGCCACCAGAAGCCGUAAUGACUUCAAAUCACAUCAGCGGGGAAGUGGUCUCCGGGAUGCCUUUGACUGUGCAGAAAUAUGGCUCUUGAUGUUAAAACUCAAAUCACACUGGUCAUUCAUAAAUAGCCUAAACAGAAUCAGUUCCCUUUUGCAUCAUAGCAACCGAAGCAAACAGCAUUGUAAUGCUAAUAUGUCUUAAAUAUUGUUAAUUGAAUAUUCAGUAAUGACCACAGUGUGCUCUUGUUACCCUGCUGUAAAAUGUUGAUAAUGUCUGUUGCAAUGUGUGAAGACUCAACUCACAAACCUCUCCAAGGAGGCUGAGCAGGUCUGAUGUGUUUUGCAAUGAUAAUAUCAAUAAAAACUUGAAACACUU